AUGUCGUUUCAGAAGGCUGCAGCUGUUGUGCUGCUUCUAGUCGAGAUUGGUGUCGUCAGUGCAAUCGGCGUUGCAAUCUAUCGUCUCUUCUUCCACCCCCUUCGCAAGAUUCCUGGACCGAAGCAUUUCGCCGUUUCCGGGAUCCCUCUGGCCAUCGAGAACAGCAUCCAAGGAACUUUCGCCAAAAAGGUCCUGAAGUACCAUGAAAAGUACGGUGACAUGGUGCGUACUUCGCCCAACUCCAUAUCCAUCAACGGAACUAUUGGAUGGCCUGAAGUUUUCGGAUUAAGUCGCAGUGGCCGACCCGAAUUCGGCAGGUGGCAUGAAUUUUACCAGGGCGGAGACACUUCACGCAAGUCGAUCUUUCCUAGCAGCAGAGAGGACCAUCGACGUCAACGCCGUGUUAUGGCACAUGCUUUCUCCGAUGCUGCUAUCAAGGGUCAGGAGGCGUUGAUCAUGGAGUACGUCGACAAGCUCUUUGCCCACCUACAUAAAGACGCCGCGCAACACACCCCGACGGACGUAGUCAAAUGGUUCAACUUCACCACCUUCGACAUCAUCGGCGACUUGGCCCUGGGUGAAUCGUUCCAUUGCCUGGACAGCAGCGAUUACCAUCCAUGGGUUUCCAUGAUAUUUGCUGGCAUCAGAGCUGGCGCGCAAAUCGUUGCAUUGAUGAAGAUGCCUGGCCUCAGCUGGAUCCUACGGCUGAUGAUCUCUAAAGAGGACAUGCAAACGCGUCAUAACAACAGGAUCAUGAGUGACGAGAAGGUAGAGCGAAGGCUGGCACUUGGCGCAGCACCCGGCGGUCGGAAGGACAUUAUGACGUACAUCCUUCGCAACAACGACGAGAAGGGCAUGAGCCAUGCAGAGAUCCUGGGCAACUCCGAGGCUUUGAUCGUGGCUGGCAGCGAGACGACAGCCACGACACUGUCAGGCUUCACCUACUUCAUGUCAACGAACCCGCAGGCUUUCGAGCGGCUCCAGCAAGAAGUUCGGACGGCCUUCGCCAACGAGAAAGACAUAACGAUGUUGUCUACUGCGCAACUCAAGUACCUGCAUGCCUGCAUUGAGGAGACUUUACGAAUGUACCCGCCCGUUGCGGAUACGCCUCCACGUGUGUCUCCUGGCGAGUACGUUAACGGCUAUUGGAUUCCCAAAGGUACUCUUAUCACGAUCUUCCAGUGGGCCGUCCACCACAACCCCAACAACUUCGUCCAGCCCGACUCCUUCAUUCCCGAACGCUGGCUCGGCCCAGACCAUCCUUACCAUGACCCACAGUUCAACGCAGACAAGAAGUCUGCCUUCCAACCCUUCUCUUUCGGCCCUCGGAAUUGUAUCGGCAAGAAUUUGGCUUAUAACGAGCUGCGCAUCAUUGCUGCUCGCUUCAUCUGGAACUUCGACCUUGAAUUGCAAGUCGGAAGUCACGGUUGGCCGGAUAACCAGCGGGCGUUCUUCGUCUGGGAGAAGGACCCGUUGUGGGUCCAGUUGAAGGAGGUCGAGAGGAAUUAG